GCAGGAUGGGGGCUUCCACCAAGUGUUUCUUUAGGGGGUCUCAAAAGCCCUGCAGUUUCAUUCCUGUUUAGCUCGGACCCUGCUUUCUAGAUACAACUGGGAGCUUCAUCAGAAAGAAAGUGAAGAUGCCAGAGCCUCCAAAGAAAACAGUUUCUGCAUUUACCAAGAAGCCGAAGACAACAGAGGUGACAGCUGGAAGCACAGCUGUGUUUGAAGCAGAGACAGAAAAAGCUGGAAUCAAGGUGAAGUGGCAGCGAGCUGGCACAGAAAUUACUGCAAGUGAGAAAUAUGUCAUUAAGGCAGAAGGAAACAAGCAUUCACUGACAAUCAAUAAUGUAGGAAAAGAAGAUGAUGCAACAUACGCUGUAAUAGCUGGAAGUUCCAAGGUCAAAUUUGAACUCAAGGUCAAGGAACCAGAAGAGAGUGAGACAGUCACUCCUGCAGAAGCUGCUCCAGCCCCAUCUGCCUCAGAGUCACCUGCUCCACCAGUAGAAAGCAUCCAAAACACAGAAGUUGCAUCUGCUGGGACUCAACCAGAAGAGCCUCUGGACCCUAUUGGGCUCUUUGUGACACGACCCCAGGAUGGAGAAGUUACUGUUGGUGGAAACAUCACGUUCACUGCUAAAGUGGCAGGUGAGAGCCUGCUGAAGAAACCAUCAGUGAAAUGGUUCAAAGGAAAGUGGAUGGACCUGGGAAGCAAAGUGGGGAAACAUCUCCAGCUACAUGACAAUUACGAUCGAAACAACAAGGUGUACAUUUUUGAAAUGGAAAUUAUAGAAGCAAACCUGACUUUUGCAGGAGGGUACAGAUGUGAAGUGUCUACCAAGGACAAGUUUGAUAGUUCCAAUUUCAACCUGACAGUCAAUGAACCACCAAUAACUGCAGACUUGGAUAUUCGUGCUGCCUUCCGACGCACGAGCCUGGCAGGAGGGGGACGACGGAUGACUUCAGCCUUUCUCAG